AUGGCCGCGCCCUUGAUUCGCAUUAAGCCCGCCACUGAACCCGCCAAGGCGCCCGCUGCGGUGGAUGAGCACGACAACUCCCAUCGCUUGGUGUCAUUUCUGCAGUCCCAGUCCCAGACCACAUUGACGAGACUGUACCAGAAGCCGUCGUCAUGUCUCUCAAUAUUCCGGCUCCUUCGCCCUCUCGAACGCCAGCUGGUAAUGAGCCUCCUAUGGCUCGAGUCCCCCAUUCCUGCAUCCACCAUCGCCGCCUGGGUCACCCGAGAAGGGCGCACGCCGUACCAUGGGGCACUAGCCACUCUUGCCCGAUUGCAUAUACUGCCUCAAUCCACCGCAAAGCUCGCCCUGAACCCUACGUUCAAAGCGAGCUUCCGCCAUGCCAUUACUGGAGGCGGAGCAAGUGGCAGUUUCGGUGUUCUCGCCGACAGCGAGAAGCACCCGCCUCCAGACAUUGAUUCUCUAGACGCUUACGCGCUUGAACGGUGGGAGACCAUUUUGUACUACAUGGUCUCCUCAGGGACUGGACAGUUCCCGGCCAAGCCAUCAGGCGGCGUUCUGUACCUUCUCCAGCGAAGUGGGCUCAUGGCGAGCGAGCGCGGGAGUGCCCAGAAAAUCACCUCCGCGGGGUUCCAAUUUCUCCUUCACCCACCACAUGAACAGCUCUGGGAGCUACUUCUGCAGUACCUCCAAAUGGCAGAGGAGCGACGGAUGGAUUUGGUCGAGGUCCUCAGUUUUCUUCUCAUGAUGUCCACUAUGGAGCUCGGCAAGGAUUACUCAACCGAGCAUCUCAGUGCGACGCAGAAGGCGAUGCUCGAGGACCUCAGGGACUACGGCCUCAUCAAACAGCGGUCCGCGACAUCGAGGAGAUUCAGUCCGACCCGCCUAGCCACCACUCUGACGUCCUCAGCCCCUCCUCUCCCCACAUCAACCAGCACUGGAGACGGUUCACAGGCACAGGGUUUCAUUGUUCUCGAAACAAACUAUCGGCUGUAUGCGUACACCGACAACCCACUACAAAUUGCUGUCUUGAACCUGUUCGUUACGCUCAAAUCUCGGUUCCCUAAUCUCGUCAUUGGAGCGAUUACCCGCGAGAGUGUGAAGAAGGCGCUUACUAACGGGAUCACCGCGGACCAGAUCAUCAGCUACCUGGUGACUCAUGCGCACUCACAGAUGCGCAAAAACAAACCACUCCUGCCAGUCACCGUACAGGACCAGAUCCGCCUCUGGGAGCUUGAGAAAAACCGCCUUAAAUCACAAGAAGGCUACCUCUACACCGGCUUUGCGUCCGUGGCGGACUACGAGUACGUGCUCAACUAUGCGAAGCAGCUCGACGUCGUCCUCUGGGAAAACACGGCGAAACGUUCCUUCUUCGGCAGCGUCGAGGGGCACGCCAACAUUCGGGGGUUCAUCGAGCGUCGAGCCGCAGCCGGGAAUACAUAG